AUGGACCCGAACCUUGACUCAGCGGGUGUCGCUGACUCAGCCAACCCGCAGCCGCCUGGGCCUUGUCUGCGCAAUGGCCUCAUUACCCUGCGCUUGAUUCUUCGACCCGAACCAAAAGAAGAAGGAGAAGGCGCUGAACCCGGGAGCCCAGCAAACAACUUCCGGCUCUGCGGCAGACCGAAGAAAGACUACCGUUCUACUCCUCACAAGAAGGCCCCUCGCAAAUCUACCAUCGGCACAGCUCGCCCUAAGCGGCCGUCGACACCCGCUCCCAAACCGACCAUGGCGAACGGCGCGGAGGACUGCGCGACUGUCCUGGAGCAGUUCGUCCACGAUUCGGCAAACUUGCCCCUCGAAAUCAACCAUCUGAUGGAGGAAAUUCAGGCCAAGGAUAAGGUUAUGCAGGAGUGUCGUGCCACGAUCAACUCCCGGGACGGCAGCAUCCAGAAAUUCAUCAAGAUGAACGGCAGUCUGGCGCCGAACCCGAAAGAGGACCAGUAUAGCAAGACGGUGCUCCAGAAUUUAGACCGGAGUCAGCAGUUGCAGGAUGAGAAGAUCCAGUUGAGCGAAAAGGCGUGUGUCCUGCUAGAUCGCCAAAUCAAGCGGUUGGACGUGCGCAUUCGCGACCUUGUCAACGAGGGCUUGCUUUCGAAUGACCCGCCACUGCCCUCGCUUUUCGAUAAUAAGAACCAAUACCGCGACCCGCCCAAGGUUUUCUUUCCCGACUCGACGACCCCGUCUGACUCUCCCUCCUAUGCCACGCCUCUCAACCCGACAUCCGGAAACACGAACCCUAUCCUCGCCGCCGUCCAGCGCCUGAGCCAGGCCACGCCGCGCGCGCCAGGCCCGAUCGCACUCGCGGCGCAAGGCGGCGCCCGCAGUUCCGCGCCCGCCACCCCAGCCGGUACCACACCGGUCCAUCUCCAGCAGCGCCAGCGCGAGUCCUCCGCCGGCGCAGUGGACAGCAAGCGCCGCCGCCUAAAUGCCACCCUGGGUACCCUUCCGGCCGCAUCAUCCAACCUACGCCAGUCCUCCAUGGGCCCUGGAACCCCCAAGCCAGGGACCCCAGUUGGCAGUCGCGCCGGCAGCGUCGGUCCGCGCGCAACGAGCGGCAUCAAGAAGGCCUUGACCAAGAAAGUCGCGCCGCACCAGCAAGUCAAGAAGAUUAAGGCGUCAGCCUCUAGCAAGCACAACAAGCGCUCGUCCAGCGCUAGCGGUCGCCUCAAGGCGUUUAAGAAGUCAUCUGCUGGCGAAGGUGACGAAGACGACGACUCCAUGCUCAGUAGUGCUGACAUGUCGGAAUCGGAUAAGAGCGAUGCCGUGGAUGGUGACGAGGAUAUGGAUGAUGAUGACGAUGAGGAUGAGGGUGCUGAGGAUACCAAGGUGUAUUGUACAUGCCGCACCGUCAGCCACGGGGAUAUGGUGGCGUGCGACAACGACAGCUGCCCGUAUGAAUGGUUCCAUUGGAAGUGCGUGGGGUUGACGCGGGAGCCGGUUGGGACGUGGUAUUGUGAUGAGUGCAGGAAGACGCUUGGGAAGUAG